AUGGCUAAAACUUUCCACCUCUCCCUCAUUGUGGCAUUCGUCGUCCUCCUCUUCUCAGGGACGAUGGUGGAGGAGACGAGCGGUCAAGAGAUGUGUCGCGACGUUUUGCCGACAACGAACUGCGUGGAUGCCACGUGUAACUCCAUGUGUAUGGAGAAAUGGAAAGCGACCGGACUCUGCCUCCAGACCACCGAGCGAAAACGCUCCUGCAUUUGCACCUGGCGCUGCAUUCCCCCUAAAACAUUAUAUAAUAACCGUCUCUUAUCAAUAUUCUCAUUAAUAGAAUUUAUUUUAUCAACAAAGAUGGUUAAAUCUUUUCACCAUUCUGCUAUUGCCCUUGUCGCCAUCCUCGUUCUCCUCGUUUCAGGGACGAUGGUGAAGGAGACAAACGCUCAACAAAUGUGUCACGAAAAUUUGACAAAAACAACUUGCGAGGAGGCCACGUGUCGGUCAAUGUGCACCCAGAAAUGGAAAGGGACCGGAACCUGCGUCCAGACUUACGAGCAAAGUUACACUUGCGUUUGCACAUGGCCUUGCAAGUCCACUUAAUAGAAUAUGUUUUAGGUUGAUUACAAAAUAAACAAAUUAUGUAAGGUUA